UCCCUCCUCCGCCCCUCGCCGGGCUGGCUGAGCAAGCGGCUGCACACAGGCUGGGGGCUCGACUCCGGCUGCUGCUGCCCUCGGCGCCCCAUCCAUGGCACCGCCCGCCGCCGCCGCUCCCCGGGCCGCUGCCCCUGCACCCCGGCGCGGCAUGGAGUAGGGGCCAGGCAGCCUCCUGCGCCGCGCCGCGCCGAGCCGAGCGGGGGGUCCCCCCCUUGGAGCUCCGCGCCUGGCAGCGCCCCCAGCGCGCCCCGCAGCCCCCCGUCCCCUCCUGGCGCCUGGGCCGCCUCGCCAGCCCAUGGAGGCGGCGGCGGAGAAGGAGAAGCGGCGGCAGCCAGUCCCGCCGGCGGUGGCCGGGGCUCGGGUCUCCCGGCCGGAGAUGCUGCUGCCGCCCGGGAACCGGCACCGGAGCCAGGCUCGCCGGAGAAGGAGGGAGCUGCUGCUGGCUCGGCUCUGCCUCGUGGGCUCGCUCACGCUGCUCCUGGCUUCCCUCUCCAGCUGGGCUGGGCGAUCCGGUUAUGAUGUCUUGAGCUAUCCUGUGGAAACUUACGAUAAGUGGAGUGGGAGGAGGCUGCUGCAGGCAACAGAGGACAAUGCCACUGAGAUCCCAGAGGAGACAGAAAAUCGAUAUAUCAAGAACUGCACUGAACCAGCUCUCCAUGAAUUCCCCAGCGACAUCUUUACAAAUGAGGACAGAAGACAUGGAGCUGUAGUCCUGCAUGUCUUCUGUUGUUAUAAUCAUGGACUUCAUUUUGUUUCUCUGCAGCGUCUGCAUCUUAGUGAAGACGUGGCUGGGGCAACUUUCAUGGCAGCUGGAAGCUCCGCUCCUGAGUUGUUUACAUCUGUUAUAGGUGUUUUUAUCACAAAAGGAGACGUAGGAGUCGGAACCAUUGUUGGCUCUGCCGUAUUCAACAUUCUCUGUAUAAUCGGGGUGUGUGGCCUUUUCGCAGGACAGGUGGUUGCACUGUCAUCGUGGAGUCUGCUGCGAGAUUCAACCUAUUACACACUGUCUGUUGUUGCACUCAUUGUGUUUAUUUAUGAUGAAAUCGUUUCUUGGUGGGAGUCCCUCGUCCUAGUACUGAUGUACUUCAUUUACAUCCUGAUCAUGAAGUUUAAUUCCUCCAUACAUCACUGCUUUGAAAGGAAGACAAAAAAUGCUGCAAAUAUGGUGAACGGAUUAGCAAAUAACACAGAAAUGGACGAUAACAGCAAUUGUGACGCCACCGUGGUAUUACUAAAGAAAGGGAAUUUCCGUCGUAAAGCCUCGGUGAUCAUGGUGGACGAGCUGCUGUCUGCCUACCCACACCAGCUUUCCUUCUCUGAGGCUGGGCUCCGGAUAAUGAUCACCAGCCACUUCCCUCCCAAAACCCGUCUCUCCAUGGCCAGUCGCAUGUUGAUCAACGAGAGGCAAAGGCUGAUAAACAGCAGAGCCUACACCAAUGGGGAAUCGGAAGUGGCUAUCAAAAUUCCUAUCAAGCACGCCCUGGAGAACGGGACAGGCCCCAGCAACUCCACUGAAAGGGGCGUGAAUGGGACCCGAAGAGACGAGGACAUGGCUGAGGCUGGAAAUGAGACCGAGAAUGAGGACAAUGAGAACAACGAGAAUGAUGAGGAAGAGGAGGAAGAGGAGGAUGAUAAUGAUGGACCUUACACUCCUUUUGACCUACCCUCUGGCAAAAUGGAAAUCCUGAAGUGGCUGUUCACCUGGCCGCUGAGCUUCCUUCUGCACUUCACGGUGCCCAACUGCAACAAGCCCUACUGGGAAAAAUGGUUCAUGGUCACCUUUGCUUCCUCUACCCUCUGGAUUGCAGCCUUAUCCUACGUGAUGGUGUGGAUGGUUACGAUCAUUGGCUACACGUUGGGUAUUCCAGAUGUGAUCAUGGGCAUCACAUUCCUGGCAGCUGGCACCAGCGUACCGGACUGCAUGGCUAGCCUUAUAGUAGCAAGACAAGGCAUGGGGGAUAUGGCUGUGUCGAACUCCAUUGGAAGUAAUGUUUUUGACAUUUUAAUUGGCCUGGGUCUCCCAUGGGCUCUGCAGACUCUAGCAGUGGAUUAUGGUUCAUAUAUCCAGUUAAACAGCCGAGGACUUAUCUAUUCCGUCGGCUUGCUGCUGGCAUCAGUUUUUGUCACCGUACUUGGUGUCCACAUGAACAAAUGGAAGCUGGAUAAGAAGCUGGGAAUUGUGUGCCUUUUCCUGUACGGCAUCUUCUUAUGUUUCUCCAUCAUGACAGAAUUCAAUGUUUUCACUUUUGUGAACUUGCCGAUGUGCAGAGAUCACUGAUUCAGGUGGCAGACUGUCGAGAGGUACUUCCUUCUUACCUGUGCAAUACAAAACACGGCUGGCAUCUCCAGAACACGGUGCACCCGACGGUCGUGAAAUAUAUCCUGCUCACUGUUCAUAGGAUUCUCCUCCCAUCUCGGUUUACCCUCUUCCAACCCCGAAACCUGGAAAAAUCCUGCAUCGAUGUGAAGAUAAUUUUUUUUUCAACAUUAAUGUGAUUUCCAAGUUCAGUUUUUGAACAGUGACUGGGAUUCUAAAUGAACUGGCUGCUAUCUGGCGUUGAGCCAGGCAAAACUGGUCUGCUACAAUUCCUUCCUUUUUAAGUUAUUUGGUGGAAGACUAAUCUAAUUUAUGAUUUAAGACUAUUGCUAGAAUGCAGAAGAAGAGGGUACAUUGUAUAUGGGGUGUUUUUCAAGCAGAACUGUGGGAAUCUUUUAUUUUUAUUUUUUUCAGAGAUCAACAGCCUCUCUUUGCAACUUCUUCUGAGCGCUGGAUUUCGUGUAAUGAUCCAAAGGUCACAAGUGCAGUGUAUUAUGGGAACUCAAUUUGAAAUACUCAGCAUAUGAGUGGAUUGACUGUUUAUUAAAAAAAAUGACUGGCAAGGCAGUGGAUAACAACUUUAUACUAUGAUUAAUGCAUCUCUUAAAGGUGUUGUAAGGAAUGCAAGGUGAACAUGGAUUCAAAGGGUAAACACUGCUACCAUUUUCAUUAUUAAUGUCAGAGUUUUAUUGCUAGGUUAUUUAUAUGUCCUAGGUUAUAAGCAAUGGUUUAGGACUGCCAGCCUCACAAGGACUAACGAGGAGGGGUCCUGGUUUUUAAUGAUCCACACAUUGCGAUGCAAAGUCAGAAGCUUCAGAAGAUCAUCCAACUUCUUGUAGCUUUUUGGGGGAGUGUGUAGUUUUAUGUCUUUUUCGUUGUGAGAGGGACAUAAGCACAGUCACACAUUCUCAAAAUGAGUUGUAGACACUGGUUUCUUUAAAAGGAAAGAGGCAUAUUUUGCACCGACAUUGUUACUGAAGUCAUAAUUUGCCACUCUUUAAAGAAUACACUGGACCUGGCCAAAAAUUUUUACAGCUGAACUUACCUGAUAUCAGAUUGUUGUGGAUUUAUUCCACCUCCUUCUGGAGGAAGAAAGAGAGAGAGAGAGAAAUGGCACUUUUAAAAUGCAGAAUAUCUUUAAUGCAGAUUCACUCACAAAUCUAAGUUAUGAUGAAGGUUUUGCCAUUCGCUGUUCUAACAGACCUGCAAGGUUUUGUAUAAUACUGUAUUAAUAUGCAGGCAAAUUCCACUACAUGAGGAACACCUAUGAUUGCCACACUUGUAUGUAUUGAAAUUGUGGAGUCUUGCCAGUGCUGGCUGUUGUAUUUACUUUAAGCAUUGAUCACUUCUGAUUCAUUUGGUAUGGUUUUUUCCUCUUCCUUGUAUAUGUUCUUCUAUGAAGCGUAAUAAGAUACUACCAACAAGGUGAAUGUUUUUGUCUAUGGUACAGACAGUGGCCAAUAUUGGUAGACAGGACACAACAAAACAGGGCCCUAAGAGAAAAAAAAAAUCUGAACUAGCAGAAGAAAAACAGUUCAGAGUGAAGACCCGUUUAGCAACUCAUUUGCACUUGAUUAUUUAAGAUUAAUUCUCUUCGGACAAAUAAACGUUUCCAAUCUGUGAUCUCCAUUCGACACAGCACGUUACUUUCUAUCCUUUUCACACGGAACAAGCGAAAAUACAAGUUUAUCAGGCAAGUUCCAUGGAAAGUUGAUGCACAUCCACCUUGGGUAAAAGCAGACUGGUGGGUCUCUGGAGGAAAGUAGGUGUGAAGACAGAGCAGAUGUGGAUAAAGGGGAGAGAAAAGAGGGGCUCCAUUUUAUAUAUGUGUUGCUAUUUUUUCUUCAGGAACAUAACUGUGAUCCCACUUGUUUCGCUAAGCAGCAUUCUAAGAACAGCAUGCUAAGAACUACACCAUAUGGAAAUUCCAUUGCAUUAGAAAUCCCCAUUGUACCUUCUUAGUGUGUUUUUAAUUAAUAAUAACCACUCAAAUGUCUCAAAAGACUUCCUUAAAUUAAAAAAUAGGAGCAUGAUGUGAUACAUUUCAAUAAAUUCCAACCUUGAGGACAGUUAUAAGCUUAUAACAAGAUAUAGUAGCUCCUAAGCUGAAUCUUUCCUUACUCACAGAAGAGACAAUAUUUGGAAAAAAAAAAAGUUUCACAUCAGGGCCUAUUAUUAUUUCUAUUUUGAAUAUUUAUACUGCUGCUCCAAUGGAGCCAGUUGGAUCUAUUUCUACGAAAUAGCCAUUAUCUAUCCCCAUGGCACAAAAACUGCAUGACUGGUUUUUUAGGAACUUUUCCUGUUGACGUACAUCAAAUACUGUAGUAUCGCAGCUUUGCAUUGUAUGUGUAUCCUGAACUUUGUGCAUUUUGCAAGAAUAUUCUGAAAGUUGCUCAUUCCAAGUGUAAGCAAAGAGGUAUCUUAGAUGCACUGAACUGCUCUUACCUGUGCCAUAUUCUUACGAGAUGUGAUAGAAUGUUUUCUUUGAUUACCGUUUGAGUUGGAUGUACUUGUGAUCUGAAACCAAAGCACAUGAUACAAGCAUGAUUUGAAAUUGAGGGCAGGUUGAGUGUGUGAGUUCUCAUUUGUUUUUAAAAGAAAGAGCCUUUCAAACUGAUAGCUUGAUUAAAGCCCAUGGAAAAAUCUCCAAGACAAAAAUGUAAGCACUUUUCUGUGCAAAGUUUAUUCUGCGAUCACUCUUCAUGAAAGGUCUCCCUAAGGCAUACAAUAAUAAGAUUGCUUCAUAUGCUGACUGAUACAGUGACUAUUCACAGCUUUCAUUUUGUUUUCCUUCCAAGCUUUCACUUUAGUUUUCCUUCCAAGCAAUCGUAGACCAUUUUUAAUGAGCAUUUCAAAGAGAGCUUAAAGAGUCUUCUCCCCAGUAGUGAACACCUCACUGCAGCUCUAACUUUUGACCUGAUUUUGUCUAGGCUGACACCAAAUAUCUGAUCCCAUAGUUUCAACUCUGUUUGACACAUGGUUAGCCCUCCCUUGACAGUGAUUAAAUGCCAAAAUCUUGUGAUGUGGGUGGUUUUAAGAGACAAAGGAAAGAUUGCUUUUGCCCUGCCAAAGUAGAAUUCUAUACCUGCAUUUUAUUAUUAUUAUUAUUUUAUUUUUAAGAAAUAGUGCAUUUUUUUGUAGUUAUAGGUACCUACAACAGAAAAUAUCUCGCGUGGAGGGCAUUUACACUAGUGUGGUUUGGGACAUUUCUGUGUUUGUUUGACUUUGUGUCCUGAGCUGUGUCAUAGAAGUUAGUGAAUUUGCAUGCUUUGGAUUUGUGGCUUUUGCGCCUGUGAAACAGCAAUUUAUGCUAAUUUUAAGCAUUCAAAUGCCUAACAAAAAAUUAUUUAAAAAACAAAGAAAAGAAAGUGGGAAAAACACCCACAAGUGCUGAGGACAUAAUGUUUAAUGUCAGUGUAAGAACCGGAGGUUAACAUCUAACGUGCAAUGACAGUAGUCCAGAUUUUCAAUGACUUUUCCUAAUAAUCUGUAGAAUAAAAUGUAGGUAGCAAAUACUGUUGGAUACAAAAACUACAACUUUCUGGCUACUGACAGAUGUUUCUUUUACCAAAUUUAUCUUUCCAAAUUAAGUAUGAGGACAUGUCAGAUCAUGCUGCAAUGUCAGGCCUUGUCUAUAUUCAGAGAUACACCAUUCAUUUGAUUCAUUAAUUCUCCUGCUCAUCGAGAGUAGAGUACACACGUUGGAUCAACCAUUUCUAGAGAGCUCAGUCUCCUGUCAAGGUUGUGGCCUGCUCCAUAUUAAGGCUGUGGCAGGCGAAGUCAGAAGCCACAAUAUCCUUCCAGCCUGUGCAAGGCCAUCCACCAGGUCUUCACCGUCCUGCUUUUGUUGAAUCAAAUGCAUAAAGCUGGUGGACUGGUAUGGACUCCAGUAUAUGAAGCAGAUGGCCAAGCUAGCUGAGAUGGUGUUGAGUCACUUGGGAAGACACUGGAGACUGAUUGGUCUGACACCUGACAUCCUCAUUUAGAACAUGAUGAAACCACCAUAUACUUUCAAUACGACGUUACUGUUUCAUGUCGAAAGCAUCCAGUUGGCACAUUUGCAUCUCUGUGGUGGCCCAGGUUUCAGAGCCAUACAAAAGGAUGGAAGUCACUGCUGCUUGAUAGAUACUCAUCUUAGAGUUGAUAUGUGGUGUUGAUGCCACAGAGGCUUCCAAAGAGCAUGCAUAACAACCUUGACCUUGCUGAGCUGAUGUUUCAUGUCAGCAAGGCAACCUCCCUCCCUAAUGACGAUGGAACCAAGACACUCAAAUGCAUUGACAAAUUCAAUCUCUUGCCCACUGAUUAUGAUGGAUAAGGGUAGAGGUCCAUCAGCCCCUUUCAUCAGUUUGGUCUUCUUCCAAUUGACUUGAAGACCAGUCUUACUUCUUACUUGCUUCUUCCAUAAAUAUAUUCAGGGCAUUGAUGAGAUUAGUAUUUGAGGAUGAGAGUCUAGCUGUGGUAUCUUCAUAUUCUAGGUCUGCUAUGCAGGAGUCAUGCCAGUACCACCCCUGGUAUGCGACUAGUGACAGUUUCCAUCGUUCAGUCAAUAACAGUAUUGAGCAUAUCAGGGCAGCCAAGCAUCCUUGAUGGACACUGCUGUUCUACUCAAACCAGUUGGAGAUCCUGAUACCUAAGAGGACACAGCUCUCACUUUGGUAGUGUAUUUCUAUGAGAAGGUGGAAGAGCUUACCAGGCACACCAGCAGCUUGCAGACAGGGAGCAAUGAUCAACAAAGUUGGAGGCAGCGUUUAGAUCAAUAAAAGCUGUAUACACCUCAUAUUCUCUGUGCCAAAACUCUUGAUCUUUUCCAAUAAUUUGUCUAAUGGUAAAAAUCUGCGCUGUGAUUGAUCGGCUUGCUGUAGGUAGCGUAGAUUCUUUAUCAGGGGGUUAGCAUGCUCACGAAGAAUCAGCGUGAACAGUUUACUUGCAAUGGAAAGCAAAGUCAUGCUGCAGUGAUUGGAACACACCAGACUAUCGCCUUUUCCUUUCUAAAAUGGGAGAAUAAUCCCAUGGCUCCAGUCAUCAGGUAGUUUCUCAUGAAUCCAUACGUCAUUGAUAAUUUGGGUCAGCCAUCCUAAGAUAGAAUCCUGGCCAUUUUUGAUCAGUUCAGCAGCUAUACCACAAACAUGGGCAGCAUGGCCAUUCUUGAGCUUACAGGCUGCGCUUCAAACCUCCUUGACCGUGACAUCCUCUACAUUACAUGGAGGGGCUCUCAUUGGGCUCUUCACAUCCUCCCGGAGAUGUGGAGCUGCAGCUCUGAUAGGAUGGUUAUAAAGCACCGGAAAAUGUUUUUUCCAUCUACUCAGACAUUCUGCCUCAGUGCACACAACACAUUACUCAAAUGGAACCCAGAAGAGACGCCCCCUCUUCCCCACUGGCUGAUGGAACCACCAUUUUUGGACCUUUGCACACAAUGUAGAUUUGCAGUUUGGAACGUACCCUGAAAACCAUUGGUACUCCUACCCUCCCAAUUGAACCAGUAAGACAAUGAUUAACAGCAAUCGUUAUGUAUGGUCAGGCCUCAGCAGUGUUGUCUUGGCCUUGUCAAGGAAUGCUUGUAAAGCCCUCAUAAGCUGAUCUCCCAUCUCCAAAUGUAUCAUGUGGCAAGGACUUUCUUAUAGACAUGGCAACAUCCCUGCCAUUGAUGCUUAUGGCCCCACUUACCUUGCCAGUCAGGAGGACAAGGACCAAUACUCAUGAGCCAUGUAUUAUGUCAUCAGACGAGUAUCCCCUCAUGACAGUAUCAUUGCGCUAUGUGAUGCCAGCACUACACUGGGAGCCAAUACUAGGAAAGCUUGGCCAGAAAGCAUUGGGCGUUUUGUUGCGGAUGCAAUUGUGAACAGCAAUCGUGAGCGACUGCUUGAACUUUGUACUGCAACUGGACUCCAUGUUUCUGAUACCAAUUUCCAAUGGAAGAACAUACACACAUGGACUUGGUAUUCCAAUGAGGGACAAACCCACAAAGCACUUGAUCACAUUCUCAUAUUUUAAUUGGUGGAGAAGUUGUAUGCACCACGAUUGGGUGUUCAGGUGUGCUGAAGUGGUCAAUAUCGAUCACAGGUUGCUCGUGGCCAUGGUGGAACUGAGCUUGAAGGCAACUCAAACCAAGCCUUCCAUUAGUCAUUUAGACUUACUGAAAUUGAUUGACUGCUGCUGUCAAAAUGGAAUGCCAGCUGAAAUCUGCAACUGAUUUGACACUCUGGCCCUUGCAGAAGAAAGCCUUGAAUAGGAGCAAGUCAACAAUUUAUGAGGCUCUUUCCAGUCUUCUGUUAUGGAUGCCAUCAACAAAGUGCUGGGGAAAAGGCACCCCAGGCCUAAACAUAAAUGGAUCAGUGAACAGACCCUGGGCAUCAAAGAAAAAUACCAUGUGGCUUGCUAAAAUGGGAACAAUCAAGAAUACCAAUGCCCCAAAGCAGGACAUUUGGGGCAAAUAAGGCUCAGUUGAUGGAAGCUGCAUCAGCCAGAAAUGACUGUGGGACUGUCUAUAAAGAAUUGUGCACCUUAAAAGUUGGUCCAGGGAACAAAUCCUCACUUGUCAAAGAUGGAUGCUAUAACACGCCAGUUUAACUUUAAAAUGGUUUUAAAAACGAUAUAGUUAAAUCAGUGCAAACUCAAUGUGGACAGACAUUCUUAAUUGGAUUUAAACCUGCCUUAUAGCAAUGAAACUUCAUUUGGUAAAGCAUUGGCUUAAGCUAAAUCAAUAUAAGGUAGCUUUAAAUCCAAUUAAGAGCAUCCACACAGGGAUUUGCAUGAAUUUAACUGAAUCAGUUUAAAAUCACACAUUUAGGUUGAAGUGAUGCGAGUUUGAAUACAGACAUGGCCUUGGCAGCUUUGUUUCAAACAUAAGGAAUUAUGCCUGGUAAUGCGUGUAGUUUGAAUAAGCUAUGCAAAUGCAUUGGGUAUAUUGUGAGGCUCUAAGUUGAAAGAAAGAUAAGUGUUUCCAGUGCCCUAAGACUCUGAGCGAAACCUUGGCGCUGUUGAACUCAAUGGCAAAAAUGUCAUUGCUUCAGCAGGGCCAAGAUUUCUUCCUAUAUGUCUUUACAACAGCACAUCCUGUUGGUCUUAAAAACAGUUACACCUCUACCCCGAUAUAACGCUGUCCUUGGGAACCUAAAAAUCUUACCGCGUUAUAGGUGAAACUGCAUUAUAUCGAACUUGCUUUGAUCCACCGGAGUGCGCAGCCCCGCCCUCCCCCCAUCUCCAAGAGCACUGCUUUACCGCGUUAUAUCCGAAUUCGUGUUAUAUCGGGUCGCAUUAUAUCAGGGUAGAGGUGUAUUUAAAAAUAUGAAUAAGUAAUCAGACACAGAACUCUUUUUUUUAAGCCAAAUCAACAAACUAGUUCUUUCUAAUACAGCUUGGCACAAAGAAGGAGAUUGCACAUGGAAGUGUUAUAGGAAUUAGGAACUGUAGGAGCCUGAACUUGGAGCAUAUUUCACUUGGAGCAAAUUCAUUCACUUUAUCCCUAGCUCUGCUGACUCAUUGGACAGACAAUCAAAAGUUUUUAAGUUUCCAGAACUGGAGUUGUAGCCAAAUUUAUGCCACGGGGGGAAAGGCAAGGUAUGCCCAACGAGGCAAGCAUGGAAGAAAAACACAUUUUUGUUUUGUUUCUUUGAUCACACAUCAAGUGGUCUAAUUUGUAACAUUUGGCUGUGAAUCUAACUCUAUCCACUUCUAACAGCCCACUAACUAUGCCAACUCUUUGAAGCGUGCGUGGAGCCAGCUAAUUUCAUUUCAAAAGCUUUUAGUAACAGAAGCACAGUUCUUGUAAGGUUCCAAAUAUUUUAAUAGUUUUUCAUUGUAAUUUUAAAAUGAUCAGUAAAACAAGUUUUAAAACUUCCACACCAAAAAAACAAACAAACCCCAAACCCCUACCUAUUUUGUUCUUUUCAACUGAGUAGUACUUGAAUGUGCUAAAAUUAACAUGGAAGUUUUUAAUAAUAAACGUGACUUUUUAUAGCAAGUUGGAGAAAUGAGGUUCAGUGUUAAGUACCUGAACUUUCAUGGACAAUCAUUAUAGGCACAGAAGUUUGUUCAAAUGCUGAAUAUUUUCCCGUUAGCCUUGUGGUUUCAGAUCAGCAUAUCUGUGACAGGUAAAGCAGGUAAUUUAGGAGGUCUCUGUUAUUGGGUCCCAUAGAGCAGUGUACAGAUUUCAUAAUAGAAUCAGCUGUAAGGUUGUUACAAAUCGUAUCUGUUUCUUUCUUACCUCUUCUUGCAAAGAAAAAAUGUCUAUCAACAUAAAUGGGCUUCAUCAGCGAUAAGAAACCUAAUCUUAGUUACUAUGUUACUAGAAGUGUCCAGGUAAAAUUCUACUUACAGAUAGAUUUAGAUUUGAACAUAAGUAACUGAUACUGGAUGGUUUUGGUAAAACAAUUCUUUGGACAGAUGAUCUGUUUACAAACCGUUGUCUACCUACAGAAUGGCAAGAUUAUAAGGAUUCAUGCCAAAUUUUUGAGCCGUUACACUAGAUGAGAGCCUUAGGAAAGAACACUCCUUUACCUUCACUAUUAACAGAAGAGGCAAGAAAAGAAUGCAAUUGCCAAUGACAUUAAGUUAAUAACAUCAGGAGUAUUUUGAACAGAGUAGCUGUUUUGAAGUUUCGGUACUUCCCUAGUUUUAGAUUUCAUUCUUCACAUUUAAUAUACAUUACCUGAAUGUUACCAUCUUUGAGAAUGAGCCAAAUGUUUUGAUUCCUAUCAAGAGUUGCAGUUAUAACUCAGGCAGAUGUAUACAAUACAGUUUCAUUUUGACGGGGGUCAGGCUGCAGUUACUUUGCUGUUCAGCAGAGCGUUAGAGGGAGAUAACCACAAUCAGAAUAGAGUUUCUGAUAAUGUAUUUCCUUUCAGUUAGCCAUGACAUUAUGGAAAAGAAAAAUGUGCUUAAUGUUCCGCUGUUGUUGGUUUCUGAAAUUAGAUAGGCUUAAAGUAUUGGAGGAGAGGGGGUGCCCAUAGACAUGAUUCAGCCCAGUGUCAUGAUGGUACUUAUGGGCUUAACGCCACACACAGUGCUUCUGAGGCAGCCAGCGCAUCAGGAAAGCUUGUCUGGGAACCUGCAAAGACACAGUGAAACCCCAAAAAUGUGUGGCAUUGAACAGGGAUGGGGCAUGACUAGUAUAGCUGAUUUUGUGUAGCACACAUCCCCCCUCCCCUCUAUCAGCAGCACUCCUGUGGAGGUCCAACCAUAACUUAAAGUUCUCUCUCCACCCAGGACCCUGAGGUUCAUUGGGGUAAAUGCCCAUAAGGAUAUAGGGGGCCAGGCUGACACAACAUGGUGUCAUUUACACCUCCCUAUGGGCCUGUUCCAACUUCCAUUACAGGCUCUGACAGGAGUCCCAUGUACUAUAAUGAGAAUUGCAUCAGGCCCUAAAGCCUCAAUUCAGCAGAGCAUUGAAGCACGUGCUUAAGUUUCAAGGAAGUCAAUGGAGCUUAAGCGUGCACUGAAAGCUAAGCAUAUGCUUAUGUGCUUUGCUGAAUUGGGGUCUAAAGGUCAGGUUCAGUGGAUCUAACCCAUUGGCAUCAGUGAUUUUUUUAAAGUGUUUCAAUGAAUACAGUGUCUGCACCAUAGUCGUGUGGAUUUUAUAAACCGUGGAUGCAGUAACGUAUACCCAUUCCAAGUAGUGCUGUAGAAAAAAGUCAUUCAGUGAUGAAUGAGCAGAAUACAAGACUCCAGCAAGGAGAGUCUUUACCGAAUGUGCCUUUGACUGAAAAGAGAGAAGUGACUUUGAAAGGCUUUGUAGAUUUUAACUAAGAGUGAACUACUGAGCAAGCUUUUUACUCUUUAUAGUAUUCUUUAGGAAAGUAGAUUUUCCCUGUUAAGUUUUGCCAUGAGUUGGCAUAUCACAUUCCUGGAUUUUGCUACACAAAUGAGGCAACAUGUCGGAAUGUUUUCGGCAAACAUGGCCUGAUCUUAAGCCCACUGAAGUCAAUUGAAUUCAAUGAGCUUUGGGUCAGGCCCACAGUCAGGAAAAUCAAGAAUGCUUAUUACUGUUUUCUCCUACAGAUAGAUCACAAUUCAGCUGGUCUGAUUAGCAAAGUUUGUGUGUCACUGUUCAUUUGAUUCUGAGUGAUUCAUAAAUACAUAAAAGGGUGUGAGAGAGCACAUGCUAUACGUUCAGUAAGCUUGGCAGUUUCUCUGUAUUCCAAAUGUUCGUUGACUGACUUGGAGCUCUUUGUUGCAUUUUAGUGUUUAUAGCCUAGUUUGGAGGAGAAAAGAGAUUUCUGGUACGGCUGACAAAUUUUGGCCUCAGGUACUGCAGUGAUAGUUACCCCUUUUCUCCUUCUGUGUAUAUGGCUGCAUCGGUAGGUGUGGAGGCUAAGAUAUAACAUAAGAGAAGAAUCCUGGCCCCACUCAAGUCAAUGGGAGUUUUGCCAUUGAUUUCAAAGGAGCCAGGAUUUAACACAGAAUGUUGAAAGCACUCUUAUGAUAACAUUCUAAGGUGAAGGUUCACCCAAAGUCUGAGUCCAGUCGUUACUUACACAUACAGACCCAUUUGAGUCCAUAGGAUUACUGUAGGAAGGGCUACUCUUGUGAUUGAGAGUUUGCAGAACGAGUCCUUUAUCAGUACAAGUCUCAUUGUCCCUGAUGCUGUUCAGGACAGUCUUUGUCAACUGAGGAAAGGUUAGUUUCCUUUAGUCGGAUAGGGAAUGCACCUUGCAAUUUAUUUAUGAAGGUCCUUAUGGGGUGGGUGGUACAGAAUCCAUCCACCAGUCUCAAAGCUAUAAAAUGAAGUCUAUAGCACAGGAAAAUGUCAUCCCUGUUGUAAGAGUAAUAGAGUUACACCAAGGAUGACUAUAGCUCCAUGUCAUAAUAUUUGUAGCAAAUGAUAAUAAUAACUGAACAAAAAUAUGUGGGGGGGAUGGAGUGGGAGAAAUACAUUUCAUAGCACGGACGCUCUUGAAUGUUUGAAGGGUGAAGGAUCAAAUUUCCCUAUAAAUAUAUGACCGACUGCACGUCCCACCACAUUUUUAGGACACAACAACCCGAGUGAUGGCUGGUUGGUCCAUAGACCAUUAUAUCGGAAGACUUCUGAUAUAGUUUGAGAGGUGGAGAAUUUGAAAAAUUAGCAGAUGUAAAAUAAUGUUGGGCAAAUGCUGUGGAUUCUGUUUCAAAAGCAGCUUCCCCUCUGAAUCUGGUUGGUUGCUUGUAGAUGGGUAUUAUUGGUUUCCUUGUGUCAAAAGGAUGUGAGUUUGUGCUCCCAUAAUCCCUUUAUUAAGUAUAGAGUCAGCCUGUGGAUUUAAAUGUUUACAAGUGCACUACCUAAGGCAGAAUUUAUGCAUUGGACUAACAGAAAUAGGAGGCAGUUUUGGGCCCAAGAAUAGGUGAGAGAAAAUGCAGAGUGGACCUAUUGCUUCAAGUACCUGUCUCGAUACCACGCUGGUGUAACUCACAGUGUACCCCUACACUGCACAUGUUCAUUGAAACAUCAGCUCAUUACACAGGCCAUUGGAAUCCUCUCCCAAAAUCUUUUCCCAAAGAGAAAUCAGUGUCUCUUCAAAGUGAAAUUUGCACAAUAGGCAGGUAUUUUAUAUCCGAUCCUCUUCCUGGGGAUCCCUGUUUUGUUCAUUUCUAAACAGACAACAUGCUUUGUCCACUGUAAGCGAGUGAAGUGGACAGGAUCCUGGCUUUUUUAUAGACAAAGACCAUGAUUACACUAUGAGCGUUACUGAUUCAACUGAAUGAUUAUAGUUUUGACGUGGAUAUUUUGAGCUUCCUGAAGCCAGGCCAUCCCAUAUUUAACUAUAUUCAUUAAAGGAUUUGGUCAUGAAUAUGACAGAUUUUGGGCCUUAUUUUUUUAAAUUUUUAAACAAAGAUUUAUAUUAUGUACUUUAACCCAGUAUAUUCUCUGUCAUUUAAACAAAGCCCUGUGGUAGCUGGCUGCCAUGUGAAUAGGAAAAGAAAUCUAUUAUGGCUAUUGAGAAGACAGAAACUGAUGUCAGUAUUUAAGAUACUUACACACACGCACACACACAUUUUUUGUAAGUGCAAAAGAUGGUUACUUGUUUUUAAUUUGUUUCCAUGUUUGUAUCAGCAAGUAAAUAUUAGCGUUGCAUGCCAAUCAUAUAUGUAUCUAAGAAAUAUAACAGGACAAGUCGAAACAGCAUAUCUUUGUAAAUUCAAUAGUAUUUCCAAUUAUUGUUAUACUACUAUGCUAAAUUCUAGUUCCCUUUCCUGAAUGUAAGAAAGUUUUUAAAAAAUGAUCAAAGAGGUCAGGAAAUUGUGCACUGAAAUAUUUAUAAACUUAUUUAUUUAUUUCUCUUACAUGAAGAAUUACGCCCCUGAAUCAGGAAAGCAUUACCUUGUUCAGGAAGAACAGUUAAAACCCAGGGCAGUCAAUGGAAUUUAAGCCCACGCUUAAAGUUAAGUGCAGGCAUCGGUGCUUUCCUGAACCAGGACCUAAAGUUGGAGCUGUUUAAACACAUUAGUACCAUUCUUUUGAACUUCUGUGAAAAGCGGUGAGACAUUUAAUUUACUGUGAUUUUUUAAUCAGCUUGCUGGUCCCCUUCCUGCAACCUGUAUGGUGAGGGUAGUUAUCGAACAUUGAGAGAACCUGAAAAAUGUCUCUGUGCUGGUCACUUGUACUGAUCGCUGGAGUAGAAACGCGUAAAUAUCAAACCUUCACCUCCAUCUGUCAAUCUAUCAUAUUUUGAGGGCAACCAGACCUGUUUUUUCUGAGCACCAUUUACAGUCAUUAAAAUUUACAUUUCGUGAGGUGCCAACAGGUAUUUUAUAAAAGAUCUUCCUUUCCCAAGUUUGCAUUAAUUUCUUCCGAAAACUGUUUUUAAAAAAAAUUCUAAUUGACAUCAAGUUACAUGUGAUGAGCUCCAUUUUUAUAACAUGAAAAUAAAUGUUUGGGUGCAGAUUAUCCGCCGGUGUAAGUUGUCAUGGCAACAUUGACGGAGCAAUGAAUCAGCGCCUUGAAAUCUUGCAAUAAAAUGCUCUUGCUACUCGCAAACAUGCAAGUGGGUACCCUCAUUUCAAUAAACCUGUUUUUUCAUGUAGGUCAGUACAUCUCCAUUCUAGGAGGAUGUAUCACCUGGCAUUGCUGUCAGGGGGAAUUAUGGUAGAGCUCAAUGUGGAGGAGGCAAGGAGCAGUGCAGGAGUCUUCGUAAGAAUGGGACAGUGGAGAGGAAAGGUCAGAAUUUUAUGCUUGAGGAAGCUCUUAGACACUUGGGUGUUAUUCAUUUUAGGAAAAAAGCCUGCAAAUCAUAAUCAGCCUGAAUAAUCAGUCUGAUUAUGAAGCAAGAAAAUUGCAUAAAAUGAACCUCCAUUUAUUGUAGAGUUCAUGACUCAACUGAAUUCUUCUUCUUAAGUUCUCACAGAAAACAUCUUUCUUUCUGGUAGCUCUCCAUAGUGAGUCUAAAUCUUCACGUACAACAUAUAUUUCUUUGUAUCAAAAUUGGGAUUUGAAAUCAGAACAUUCCUAGAUAAACUAAAACUCCAGCUAAAAUAUUGCAUUUCUUGAGAUCUUGAAAAAAGACAAAAAUUAAUUCUUGAUAUCUUGGUCAUUAAAGCUUUCUAAUUUUAAAAAUGAAUGACAUAUCAAAAGGGCACAGCAGAUAAAUACAUGUUUUAUACAGCACAAGUGGAGAGCAAAUGCAAAGGAAAGUAAAACUGCAUUAUGAAACACAGAUUCUUGUGUAAUGAGAAUGUUUGCAAGUUUUUCAAGGAUUGCAUUUAUGUUGUGAUGUGUCUGAAAUAAUAUUUGAUCUUUACAGUUCACUUACCAGUUCUGAAAAAGGGUUUGGUUUUGGUUUUUCCAGUAACAAGUACUGUAUUUCUUUACCAGGCAAAAUGGGGAAGAUGAGUCCAAAAUAUUGCAUGCGUCAGACUUGAUUCUUACUUUAGGUAAAUAAGUGUGUAUCACUGAUCAUGAAAAUCUACUGUGCACAUGUGUCAGUCUAGACCUAUAUACCUUAGAGACGAAUUGCACCCUUGCAAUUACUGAAUUCUCAGGGCCAAAUUGUGACCAACUUCCUCAUAAGAGAAGCCUCACUGAGUUCAACAUCUACUCUCAUGAACAAGGAAGUCACAAUUAGGCUCUUAGGCCUAGAUCCUCAAAGAUAUUUAGGUACCUAACUCCAUGGUUAGCUGAUUAAAUAAGUUUAAGAACUACUUUAAUCCCCACAGUGAAAUACAAGAUGGAAAAUAAGCUAGAAGAGACAUAUUCCCCUCUCUGGCAGUGCCCUGUGUAAUGUCAAAUUCCCCAGUAAAAUGGUGAAACCAUGGAAGUGUUCUCAUGAUUAGAAAGCACAAGCAAAAAUUCAAAAGGGUGUGUACACACAGGAAGACAGUACUGGUGCUUUUUUUAGUGCAUUGUUAUGUAUCCAGAAAUAGGCACAGGAUAAGCAAUUCUAUGGGGUGAACUUCACCGCUGUGCAGAAAAGCAGUACAAGGCUGAUGAGACAUUUAAACCCAUAAAUAGGAUUUAAGUAGGAUUUACGUGCCACAUAAGCCUAGUACUAACCCUCUGCAGAGAGGUGAAUUUCAGCCAUCAUAAGUAGCAGUGCUUUCAGGGUCAGAUGUUCAUUAGCACUCAGCAUCCCGACAGCUCCCAUUUAGGCACUAAAUAAAUGGAUGGCUUUAAAAAAACUAAAUGCUGGGCACGCAGUGACUCCCAUUGAAAGUAACGAGUGCUGCCGAGUGUGAGCCCCUUGAUUUUUUUUUAGUGGCACUGGCUUGACAGCACAUGCUUCUGUGGCUAGAAUGAGUUUACAAUUACAUUGUUGUAAGAGAUAAAGAAUAAUGUAAUGUAUUCCCUGGAACUCUUAAGGAAAACUUUUUUGUUUUGCUAACCUUGCUAAAGUCUCUAGACCACUGAAUGCAGUCUCUGGUGUGGCUUUUUCUAAACUAAACAGUGAUCAAACUGUAUAGCUUUCCUUAAACUCUUGUGUGCAUGCUUAAUUUUCUACUUAAUGGUGCAUCAGAAGCACAGCAAUAAAAGUGAUUGAUCUGAACAUCUUUUAUUCAAAUAACGUCAUCUGGGUUCUUUUCCAUUGAGUUUGAAGACUCCAUGAUGCUUCUAACCAUAAUGAAGAAAAUGUAGGUGCAAGUGAGUGUAAAUCUGAAAUGCACACAACAUAUAGUUCACUUAUAGCAGCCGGGGCUCACCAGCAAGGAGAAAAUUCAACUGUUUAUAGUAAUAAAGUUCUAUUCCAAAUAGCGUCUUAUUAACGUGCUUUUGAAAUGUCAAAAUGGCGGCGCCACAGACAAAACAUUUGUUACCUUUUCAGAUAAGUUACAAUAAUUUUGUCAUCCUUGUACAAGUAUUAUUGUCUGUCUUUCUGUACAUUUGUUUUGCAAUUUGUUAUAGAGUAUUACUUGUAUGCAUAGUUGUUCCACUUGCCUGUGUCAGUUAGAAAUUUAACAGAAAUGAGAGCAUGCAUUUCUCUAUUUGCUGGUAACCUAUGAAUUAGAAACUUGUAUUUUCUGUGUUUUUCAAGUGUUAUAACUAUAAACAAAAAUU